AUGUCAACACAACCAACACAUGUUUCAACUAGUUCAUGGUCUCAACGUAAAGAUAUGCUGCAAGAAGCAAUAUGGAAUACUUUGUUUCAGCCUUGUGUGGAGAUUCUAAUUUUAGCUUUAACCAAUGAUAUAAUUUUUCACCAGAUUUUUGAGUUUGGCGAUUUUCCAGUUCUAAAGUUCCUUUUCGCUCAGAAUGGUAUAAAAUUACUGCAUACUGUUAGUGAUUCAAAUGCGGAGAAAGCAGUUAAGAAUCGUCAAUGUGAACAUUAUUCAAAGGAAAAGUUUGGUGAUUCUAACACAUCGAACUUGAAACCAGUCGAUUGGGUUAAGAACGCUGUCGUGAAAUUUCCGAACAUCAGUUCGAAGGCUAUAAUAGACUGUGAAAUUAAUAUUACUGAAGAGAGGCAAACUGUUGAUGAUGUGUUUGACCUACUAACACAAGGUUGUAGAGAUACUUGUAAACAGUUGAAGAUAGAAUUUAUUAGCUGUAUAUCCUCUUCUGUUGUUGAUGGAACACUAUCAAGGACAAAGAAGAUACUUUUGGGGCGGUUGAUUCGAACAUGCAUUGAUAAGGAUCCAGAAUUCAUAUUGAAGGCAGCCUUGUACUGCCGCAGAGAGCUCAACAUACGAACGACAGCCAACCUGUUAAUAGCAAGUGCAUGUUUCCAUGAGAAAUCUCGGGCUUUCGUCGGCAAGUAUUUCUCCGCAUGUGUUCGUACACCAUCAGACUGGAUAGAAGUCAGUGAAUACUACGCAGCAAUAUCCGGUAGUCCAUCCCUGAAGGGUAUACCUAAAGUCUUACGAAAGUGUAUGGUUAUGAAGUUCUGUAAAUACGAUCAGUACCAACUUGCCAAACAUUGUAAACAUAAGGCAAGAGCUACUCGUGCAACAAAAUCCAAGAUGCGGAAAGCUAAACCUGAUAGUGGAUUAACAGAUGACCAUGUUGAUACAUUCACACACAGACUCACAAACUCACCUCCUGUUCAUUUUACAAUGAAAGACCUUAUUCGCAGACUGCAUAUAUCACGUCCUAAAUAUAAUGUUAUGUGCAUUCUUGGUAAAACUUAUCCUGUGGAUAGUACUGAUUUUAUUCGUAUGGGACUGGAAGGAGAUUGGGACGAAUCUAGAGCUGGAAAACGUAUGAGACUCCCUGUUCCUCUAACGUGGGAAACAGAGUUGUCCAUCAAUGGUAACAAUUCAGAAUCUUGGACGAAGCUUAUAACUUCAAACAAAGUGCCACAUAUGGCAAUGUUGAGAAAUUUACGAAAUAUUUUAAAAUCUGGUAUUCAAAAUAAUGUUCACGAAAUAGUUUUACGAGAACUGAUAAACCCUGAUAUUAUCGUGGAGGGAAAGCAGUUCCCUUUCCGUUACUUCGCAGCUUUUGAUGUCGUUCAUGAAUUAAAAAACAAGUGUAUGUUGCAAAAAUACAUACAUGCUGUGCAGAAUGCACGUAGGCGGAAACUCAAGAUAAUAUCAGAUCGAUUGAAGAAGAAGCAUUUAUGGCUGAAUAAAUAUUUGCAGUCAACAAGUUUCAAAAGAUCUUUGGUAUGUGAUAUCAAAUUGUUGGAUCGAUAUGAAAAAGCUUUGAGUGAAGCUUUAGACUUGUCAGUGCGGUAUAAUUUGCCUCCAAUUCGUGGUUCGACCUUGAUUAUUUGUUCCAAUAGCAAGUAUGUGAAUGUAUCUAAACAAUUGAAGUCAUCACGAUCUAAAUCUUAUAUGUCUAUCAUGGGCUUUCUUCUUGGCACAAUGUGUACAUCUAUGUGUGAAGCUUCUUCAAACUAUAUAAAGGUUGAUGAUGAAUAUCAUGUAGUUCCAAUUGAAGAUAUAUUCGGAAGGAACGAAUUAAAUCGUAAUCGUAACAGAUAUAUCAUUAAUAACAUUUUAAAUAAAGAAGAAACGGGUACACAGAAAAUGAAGCAAAAUAUGAAUGAAUCUAACAACUCAGACAUGGACAUUUUGCAAAGAGUCAAGCUUAUGUAUGAAAAACGUGGUAAUUUCAAAUCUACCUCAAUCGAAUCUGUUCUGGAGGGAUUUUAUGCUUAUCGUAAGCAGUUUGACAAAAUUGUUGUCUUUGGGGAUUGUCAUAGACAUAUCGUUGAUUAUGUUUUCAAUUAUCGUACACACAUUGGCCCUAUAAAAGCUAUUUGGGGCAAUUUAAGCGGUGAGGACGAAUGGCCAACAUCAUGUCAUAAAAGUGGGUGGGUUGAAUUCAAAGGAUGUACAGAUCAAAUACUCCGAUAUAUUGCAGAUGCAAAUGAAGACAAACUAGUUGGACGUGUCGAGAAAAUUGACGAAUUGUAUGGAUUAAUUACUAAUACUUCAUACCAACUUAACAUUGAAUGUGAACAAGAUACGAAUAAUAGAGUCUUAUCUAAACGUGAUUAUAUUAAAUCAGCAUGGAAUUGUUGUCAAGUGUUUGUUUCAUCUACAUUUCGUGAUAUGUAUGGGGAACGUGAUCUACUAUGCGGUAUACUUAUCCCUGCUUUACGUCGAAAUGUUGCAAUACCUUUACGAGUUCACUUGAAUGAGAUCGACUUACGCUGGGGAGUUCCGGAAGCGGCUACCUGCAGUUCAUGUGCCCUGCAGAUAUGCUUGGAACAAGCAGCUGCAUCUGAUAUAUUCGUGUUAUUACUGGGAGAUCGCUAUGGCUGGGUACCAAACGAUGAUCAGAUUCAAAAUUUACCCAAACCGUUACUGACCGAAGUGAGUAAAUUCUACAAACGUGGUAUGUCUAUGACUGAGAUGGAAUAUCAUAUUGCCAAGCAAGCUGCAAUGUCUAAGGUCCCCUUACGUGAAAGACGACAUGGUACAAUUAGUUUUCAGGAAGCAGUUCGUCGCCGAAUUUGUGUUUUCAUUAGAGAUUCAAAAUCUGUAAGAGGUGUACCAAUCGAAUUAAGAAGUGAAUUUGAGGAAGCCGAUAUAGAAAAACGUGAUCGUCUUAACUCCUUCAAAGAGUUAAUUCGAAAUGAUGGGGUUAUUGUUUUUCACGAUUACCCUGCUCAAUUUAAUGGAUUAGUCACUGAUCAACCAGUAAUGGGGAGUCUAGACGAAUUUGGCAACAAAUUUCUUUCAGUACUGAAAUCUUUACUUCUACAACUGUAUGAGGCUCCAAUGACUGACAGUGGUUCAUCUCUAAGUACAGUGGUCCGUAAACCAUCUAAUACCACUGAGUUUCUACGAGUCUAUGUAUAUUCUGCAGCAUGUGCAAUCGCACCACGUCAUCUUCUUGAAGUUGAACGAGCCUUUGAUGCAUUGACUGAACGUGGUCGACAAGUUCAUCUUGUUCGAAGAAUGGCGUUGGAUAGCACCAAAUCGAAUAAACAAAUCAGCUCAAAGCAAUCAAUGGAUUCAUCUUCACGCUCACAACUUUUAGGUUAUGAUGGGAGUGUCCUGUUGAUAACUGGAUCUGCUGGAAGUGGUAAGACAACCUAUUUAUCUGCCUUGGCCAUUUCUUUAACUGAAGCAGACUGGUAUCCACCGUCGACGAGUUCUAAACAGUCCUUUAAUAUAUAUAAUCCAAAAGAACAGUUAAUGAGUCCAGGGAAACCUAGUGGUGAGAGGCGAAAGUUUGUUUCACAGCGUCCAAAGUUGGCGAAACAUCACAUACUUAUGCAUUUCUCUGGUGGUCUGGCAGUCUCUGGUUUGCCACCGAAAAGGCAUUUAAGUGUAAUGCUUAAAAAAUGGACGAAACUUCUCAUUUCUCAACUUGAAGACAUAUGUUCUUCUGAUGGUGCAGCUAUGAAAUUACUAAAUGAAAUUAAAUUAUCGCUUGGAAUGUCUACUUCUCAAGCUAACACGACCACAGCAUUUUGUGAUGUUGAAUUAAGAUCACUUAUUCAGUGCUUCACACAGAUCAUUAAGUUUAUUGGUUACUUAACGAAACUACGUUUUGCAUUUCUAAUUGAUGAUUGUCAUGAACUGCAACCAACAACAUUGGAGUGGCUACCUGUUGUGUUACCUAAAAAUGUUCGAUUCGUGUUAACAUGUGAUUCAAGGUCUGCUGCUGCCCAGAGCCUAGCUUCAAGAGCUGAUUGUCUUCUUUUAGCUGUAUCUGGAUUAACAACUAAUGAACGUUGUGCAGCAGUGCGUAGUUUACUCGGACGAUAUGGAAAGGUUUUGAGUGAAUCUGGCUUUCAAAAUCAGUUAUCUAUUUUGGUUCGAAAACGUGAUGCUGAUGUUCCUCUUUAUUUGAGAUUAGCUUGUGAAGAACUACGCUUGUACGGUACAUACGAACAGUUGGAUGAGAAAUUAAAACAAUUACCCGAUACAAUCUCCAGUUUUGUUGAACACGCAAUUAGAAGAGUUGAAUUGGAUUGUGGUUCCGAUUUAACUAGAGUUGUACUUGGCUUUCUGAUUUGUUCUCGAUGUCCACUAUCCACAGAUGAACUUCAUGGUCUAGUUGAUGAAUGGUUAUGUGAGUCAGCAAUCAAAGAUGAAUUUGAAGAAGGUAACUGCAAUACAGAUCCUUGGAAAGAGUUAACAAUAACAAGUGAUGAUAUAUCACUUUGCCUUGAUAAAAUGUAUUUAAAUGAAAGUGUCAUACAGAAAGUGAUUACUGGUCAAUGGUCGAAUGAUAUGCAUCGAUCUAAGUCUUUUAGAAAACAACCUCAUUUACCAUCACUCGCUUUGCAUAUUCUGUUGACUGGUCUUCAUCCUCUACUAUCAGGUUUCAGUGAUGAAGGAGAUUUCAUUGAAAUGAAUAGCGAUGAUGAUGAUGAGGAUCUGUGUGAAAAAUCUAUCGAAACAAUAAAACGACAAAAACUUACUAUAUGGAAUCUUGGAAGUAAAGCAAUAUCUUUUAGAAGUUGUGAGUUACGUGAUCUAGUGAAUGAUAUUUGUUUCAAUCGACUGAAUUAUGCAUCAACUCAUCAAAAAUUUGCUUCUUACUACAAUAAGCCUAAACGGUCAAAUGAUGAAAUUCAUCUGAAGACAGUGACGCUUAAAACGAUACACAAUAUUUUGGCUAAACAAGGAUCAAAUAUGAAAGAUGUAAUCUAUCACUUGUAUCAUGCCGAAAGAUUGGAUAUAGUCGCUUGCCUACUAAGUAGUCCAACAUUUCUUAUUCACCAAAUACAAUCUGGAUAUGGUUCAACACUUCUAGAAGAUUUUAGAAGAUGUGUAACAACGGAUAGAAAUGAUCAAUUAUUAACAAGAAAAGAAGAUCAUCCCUCAAUCAAUGAUAUGAAUGAUAAAAUAAUCGCCAUGCAAACUUUUAUUGCAUCGAAUUAUGAACUUUUAACCAAACAUCCUUCUUCUUUCGCUGAACUGGCUAUUAAUCAAGACGUUAGCGAGUGGAUUCAGAAAGUUGGAUUAGUGUAUUUGUUUUAUUCGGACCCACCUGAUGUAGAUCCUAGUCAACGCCAAAUGUUUUUCAGUAUUAAACGCGAUAGAGAUAUUCCGUUUAGUCUUCCAAAAGUUGUCCAACCAUUUCUUAUUCACAAGCCGGUGACGCCUUUAAAUGGCUCGAGAGAUGUACCUAUCUCAGUUGCAAUUGAUCGAAUGGGUACUUUAUUGGCUUACGGGACUGAGUCAGGCACAGUGAAUGUUGUCCAAAUUCAGUCUAUGAAAGUACUUUGUUCAUUUCUUGGACACAAUUUGCCAAUACUUAGUUUAUGUUUCAUCGAUGGUGCUUGUAUUGAGUAUGGAAUUCCCAGUUCACAGUUAUGGUUAGUCAGCACUUGUGAAGAUGGUGGUAUAAUUGUCUGGGACAUAUCAAAUGUCAACCAAGAGGUUACAUAUAAAAAAGUUGUAGGUGUCAGUUGUCAGUUAUUUUCUUUGAGUGGUCAUCAUCGCCGAUCAGUGACUAAUUCUGCUUGGCAUCCAGAGCGUCGACUGCUGGCUACUGGGAGUCUGGAUUGUCUACUUUGUUUGUGGGACUUGGGUGAUUUGGGCUUCGGAUCAAUCUCUACCUCCAGAGCAUUAGGUUUUGGUCAAGUAAAACCUUCUAAACGCUUCGAAGUUAAUUCCCCUAUUAAUGCACUGGCGUUUCGAUUUCCCAGAUACAAAUCCAACGAUGAAAACUCUAUUGCUGAACACUUACGAGAUGUUAUAGCUAUAGGAUGUUGGGAUGGUUUUGUUCACUUCUACAGUCUCAUAUCUAUGAGCAAAAUAAAGUCUAUUGCAGUAUCAUGUUUUUCCAUUUGUUCAUUGGCUUAUUCGCCAAAUGGUGGCAAUACUUUGGCUAUUCUUGACACUGGAGGUCAAACUUAUCUUUUGGAUGCCGAUACUUUUGUCUAUCUCGGUAGCUUAACUGAGCAUACUAACUUUUCACCAGUUUGGAACUCUUGCAGUCCCGAGAAAAAACUUCAUUUGUUGCCCAAUCAACGCGGAAGUGUUUGUUUUUCCAAACCAAAUGGACGUUACCUCAUUCAAACUGGGAGUGGUUCAUCUGGAGGUCGAAUCAACGUCUGGAAUGCGUGCCCUGGUGCCCCGGCAGCUCCUUGGGUCAAUUUAAGCAGAUUUGAAAAAGGAGGUCGAAGCUCUGCAUUUGUAACGACGUGUGCGAUUGAGGCGGACGGACAUCGAAUCAUAGUCGGAUAUAGCGAUGGACUAUUCUCUAUUGCUUCGAUAGAUAGUGGUGAUACUUUAUUUAAUUCAGAUUGUUUGGUUCCCGCGAUAAACGAUAAUUCGUCAGUUGAGGCAAUUGCUUGUACUCAUACACCUUAUCGUAAUUGUGCAAGCCUUAUGAUUGUUGGAUGGUCUUCUGGUGCAGUUAGGUUGUACUAUUGGGAACCCGAACCAAAUACUGAUGCUGGAAGAGAUGAUAUUAUUGUGCAGACUAAGCCAUGCAUUACACAUAUUAAUACCUUUUGGUCACAUUCUAUUGAGCAUACAGAGAAUGGAGUAGGUGAAGCUGGUGGUACUCUGUGUGUUGCAGGAUCGUUUUGUAUUGCAGUUAGUGGAGGAGGAAAUUGUGAAUCAUGGUUUUAUAUUGUCAAUACUGAUUCAGAUAUUCCAAAAGUCGAAUCAAUUUGUUUCCGUCAUCAUAGUGCUCAAGUUUCUGCAAUAGCGAUAUCUGAUUCGUAUGUAGCCACAGGAAGUAAAGACAAAAAUAUAGUUAUUUACGAAUACAGUAUACAAACACGCAGUGUCACAUUGAAAUAUAUACUGCGUCGUGCAGCAGAUGACUGGAUUACUUCAUUGGUAUGGUCACUGUAUCCAGCUGAUUCGCGUCCAGCUAAUGCAUCACUGUUUGUUGGAAGUAAUGAUGAAUUGAUUCGUAGAUAUUCCAUCAGUGAAAACGAUUACAAACUUCAACAAGUACUUGUGUCGCAUAAAGCUGGGAUCAAAUCGCUUACAUUUGGUUACCCUUAUCUAUUUUCUGGUUCAACUGAUGGUCAUGUAGUUGUAUGGCAGAGUGAUGAAAAAGGUGCUUUUCAACCUUUCAGUCAAAUGAAUAUAUCAGUUGGUUCUAAUACCAAUGAAACGGUUAUAGCUCCACCAAAUCUAGUUAAAAUUGAAUCAUUCAUCCCGAAGCAUUGUAAUUCCGAAUGCAGAAAAACUCUUGCUUUUGACUUUGAUAACAGAUCGGAUUGUUCUCCUAUGAUAGAUGGUAUAUAUGAAGCCCAUCCAACGAGUGAAAUGGAAGUAGAUGACUUGUCUUCUUACCCAUUACAUCGUGAUGACACAGUGGAUUGUGAUUUAAACGAUAAUAAUAAAGUUCAAGAACUACGAAUCUUCGACCGAAGCAAAUCAUUACCACCGCAUGAUAACAAAAAUGUGAGGCUUCUAAUUGGUCAGACAAUUUCGCUGUCCGCCGGUUCACAUCGCUUUCAAGGUUUUCGCUUUCGGGUAUAUAAACCCUCUGUCUUAGGAUAUCAUGCUACUUUGAGCGGUCAUGCUGGCUUGGCUCCGUGUGUAAUAACUUGUGCUUCAUCUCCUAAUUCGCAUGAAGAUGCAUUACUUGUCAGCGUAGCUGGUCAAGGUGGUGAUGCUAAUACAAUCGGCUGUGAUAUUCGACUUUGGAAUUUGCCUUUACCUGAUACUUCUUCACUCCAUUAUCCAAUUCAACACACUGGAUCAGUAACUUGCGCUGACCAUCUGAAGGUGACAAAAAAUGUAAACAUCUGCAUAUCUGGUUCAACAGGUGGUGACUGUAUCUUUUGGGCUAUUUGUUGUUCAAAUGGAUCAAAUAUCAAACAGAAAAUUUCACGUCUACAAUUUCUACGCAUGAAUUCUACUUCAUGGAAACCUCUAAGGCGUUUGACUAGCUCAUAUGAAAGGCCAAAUUAUCCUAUCAAUAGUAUUGUUACACAAAUAUGGAGAAAUUAUGAUGAUACAAAUGAAUAUUCAAUUCAUUAUUUUAUUUAUAUUGCUUGUGGUUAUGAACUUUGGAUCUUACAUAUUGAAUUGAACAACGAGAAUGAUAUUGAAAAUACUUUCAUGGAGUUAUUUACAGAGAAAGGAAGGCUCCAUGUAAUUCUUUCCGAACUGGCUGAAGCGUGGGCAACUAAGAAGAUUGCUGGUUGCGCUAAAAUCAAGAAAUACCAAUUGAAUCGUGUUGUAGUUCAAAUGUCUGCAAUUCAUCAAGAACCUACUACAAUUUCACAAUGUGGUGUUGUGAUACUCUUGUCAAAUGGAGAAGUGAUCAUGCUACCCUACAUGUCUAAGGAUGAUAAAUUUGUUCGGAUUCGCAUUCAGAAUGACUUGUUCCCGUCAAGUCAUUGGUGUACCUCAAUUCACUCAUUUACGAAUGGUAUACUUGUGGCACAUGAAGGAUCAGUUUUGUUUCAUCUAUAUGGAGAUCCGAAAUGUGUACUGCAACCACUUCGUGGAUGCAUGAAUAACCUAGAAAAUUUGUAUGUUGACACAAUUGAACCACUUUGUCUUCCCUUCAGAAAUAGUCUACUGUCAUUUAAAAUUGUGACAAGCAAAAUGAAAUCUGAGCCAAGAAUUGUCAUCUUGAACAAUGAUGACGAAAUGAUUGUGAAUAUCAUGUUGGCUGAUUUAAACAUUAGCGUCACUGCAUAUUGCCUCACUUCAGCUCAUGUUGACAGUCAAACCUCCUUAACGGUGUAUUUGCUGUUAGCAACAUCUGAUAGUGUCUUACGUUUGCUGAAAUGUUCCUCAAAUGAUUAUAACCAAACUGGAUUAGGUGAAUGGGAGCAGAUUCGAACUUAUCCAACUGGUGAACGGAUCAACAAACUACUAACACUAGAUCGUAAUCCUCUAACAAUUAUGUGUGGACACGAAACUGGUGAAAUCAGCUUUUAUACAAUUCUAUAG